AUGUCCCUCUCCUUGCCUCUGUCCUCUCUGUCCAGUUCUGCGGACACCCCAGACCUCUCCCUGACCCUGUUUGGCAGACUCAAGUGCUUUUGUGCCCUUUUGCUGGCCUGGAUGGAAAGAUGGUGCCUGUGCGAGGAAACCCCUGGCUGCCAUGCUGCUGGUGUGUCACCUCCUGUGAGUCAUUUGCCUCUGGCCACACCGAAGAGCAUAGGAGAAGACCUGCAGCUGGAUCAGACCCAAGGCCCACCUGAUUCCGCAUCCCUGAAGGCCUGUGCAGCAUCUUCCUGGCAUGAAGAAGGUCCCACCAUCCCCUUCCAAGCACCUUGA